CACAAAACAACGGCAUCCGCGGCCUUCUUAUCCAAGGCUGCAAAGCUCUCCGUUUUCCUUUAACCAAAACCCAAAUGGUGGCCACUGCAAUUUCCGCCAUGAAUUCCGUCGUGGCUAUCAGUUUCUCGCAAAACCCAUUCAACAACUACCGGAACCUCUGCAAACAACAAUGGAGGAGGCCUAUCUCACUCACACCCACCCACCUUUCCUUCCCAACUCCGACCAAAACUCGGCGCCCUUUACAGACCUCCACUCUCGUCUCCUCCUCCUCCUCCGUCCCCGCCGCCGUCGAGGACUACGAGUUUGUUGAUGCUUCUUCUGAGGUGGAGUUGAGAUUACAACUCGGGGGUCGAAAUUUCGAAAACUCGAGAGAUAUAUUUGUGGAUGCAGAUGGCACCUCAUUGACAAUAAAAGUACAGCAUUCUGGGUCUCUUAUCACACUUGUGGAAACUAAUCAUCUCUUUGAUAAAAUAAAGCCUUCUGAAACAAUAUGGUAUAUCGAUGAUGAUCAGCUAGUCGUAAACUUGAAAAAGCACGAUCCCGAAUUGAAAUGGCCUGAUAUUAUGGAGUCCUGGGAGUCUCUGACAGCGGGAUCCAUGCAACUUUUGAAAGGAGCAUCAAUUUACAUUGUUGGGGAUUCAACUGAAAUCAACCAAAAAGUGGCUCAAGAACUUGCAGUUGGUCUCGGAUAUACACCACUCAGUACAAAGGAGUUUAUGGAAUCAUUUGCGAAGCAGACCAUUGAAUCAUGGUUGCUUGCUGAAGGUUCUGACUCUGUAGCAGAAGCAGAAAGUGCUGUAUUACAAAGUUUAAGUAGUCAUGUUCGGGCAGUAGUUGCAACAUUAGGAGGGCAGCACGGAGCAGCAGGAAGGGCUGAUAAAUGGCGUCAUCUUUAUGCGGGUUUCACUGUCUGGGUGUCCCAAACUGAAGCUACAGAUGAAGAUUCAGCAAAGGAAGAGGCUAGGAGUCAUAUUAAAGAUGGCAGCCUAGCUUACUCAAACGCAGAUGUUGUUGUCAAACUACAAGGUUGGGAUGCAGUUCAUGCUAAAAGUGUGGCUCAGGGAUGCUUGAGUGCCCUUAAACAAUUAAUUCUAUCGGACAAGAAACUUCCAAGUAAGAAGAGCCUCUACAUAAGGUUGGGAUGCCGAGGUGACUGGCCAAACAUCAAGCCUCCUGGAUGGGAUCCGUCAGCUGGAGAUGAUGUUUCUCCCAACGGAUUGUAACAAUAAUUGCUGCACUGCAUGUAAGAUUGGAAGGCAAUUCGGCUCCAACCUAGUCCAACACCAAGCCAUAUAGUCGGCUUGCAAGCAGAGGAACCUCCAUCCAAGUCACUUCUGAGAUGUAAAACUCAAACCUUUGUAAUCAAAGUAAAUGAUGGUUUUGGCAAAAUCGUCAUUGGAGAUGGCCAAGGUUUGCAGAUCUCCAAUGUCGGUUCUGCUAUUUUAAGCACGCAACAUGCUAAAUUCCCUCUUUCAAAACUAUUACAUGUUCUUAAGAUUGUUUAUAUAACACACUGUUAGUCCAUCAGUUUGUUCAAGAUAACAA